CUAAGUAAACAGCAAACUCCAAAAAGAAAAUUCACGAUGGUGACAGCUUCGGACGUCAAAGUAGGACCAGAAGUGUUUAUCAAUUUCCGAGGAGUUGAGCUGCGCAAGACCUUCAUCUCCCAUCUCCAUACAAGAUUGCGACGGGAUGGAAUCAAUGCUUUUAUAGAUUCUGAUGAAGCUCCUGGCAGAGAACUCAAAAACCUUUUCAAAAGGAUUGAGGAUUCAAAGAUCGCGCUGGCGGUUUUAUCGAGUAGGUACACCGAGUCACAUUGGUGUUUGCAGGAGCUAGUUAAGAUGAUGGAAUGUAGUCCGAAAGGUGAAGGAUGCAAUAACAAGUUAUUGGUCAUUCCAAUCUUCUACAAGCUGAAGAUAUCUACAGUGGCAGAGCUUGAUGGAGAUUUCGGUCGUAAUUUGUGGGAUCUCUGGAGGUUGCCUGGUCGCGGUCGUGAUCGAGACAACCGGAUUGUUAAGUGGAACGAGGCUUUGCAGGAUGUUCUCAGCAGAAACGCCUUGGUAUUGCCAGAAACUGGGUAUGGAUUAGUGUUAGGAAUUAAACAAUAUUUAGUUUUACUUUUGAAAUUUCUUUAGUAGAAAAUCUUAGUAUUAUAAGUAGAAUCGAAAUGAAGGAAGACGAGCACGCUAGUUAUGUUGUAAAGUUAUUCUUAGGAGACAUUAUACUCUUAUCGUUCGUUAGAUGGAAAUAUUCGCCGUUAGAAGAAAUAGCUAGAAUUUUUUUUACGAAAAAAAAGAAAUAGUCAAUAGCUAGAAGAUUAUUUGCAAUUAUUAUACACGAAAAAUAUUAGAAAAGGUUCAUAUCGAAAAAAGAUUAGUAAAAGUUCAUUGAAACUUGAAAGAUAAGAAAAUGUAGAUUAUAGUCAAUUUUAAAUUAUUACAACACAUCUUACCAAUACCAAUCAUUUCCAU